CCAGGGGUGGACCGCCCGUCGGAGAAGCUGCGAAGCUCAGCCCCUCCUCCCGCCCCCAGCCCUUGGGAACCGUAAGUAGCGGCCGCGCCGGGUGCUAUCGCUGGAGGGGUUGCAGUCCUGCAGCUCGCAAAGGUGCGGAGCGCUGGGAGCGGUAUGAGCGAGGUGAAGUUGGCCGUGCUGGGAGGCAGCGGGGCCGGAAAGUCGGCGCUGGCUGUGCGGUUCCUGACCCGGCGAUUCAUCGGGGAGUACGCGUCCAACGCCGAAUGCAUCUACACUAAACACAUUUGUCUGGAUGGAAGGCAGAUACACUUGGAAAUUUAUGACCCUUGUUCACAGCAGGGGAAGCUCUCCCUCACAGAUGAGCUCCACUGGGCUGAUGGAUUCAUCAUUGUUUAUGACAUCAGUGACAGAGCAUCAUUUGCAUUUGCAAAAGCAUUGCUAUACAGGAUCCAAGAGUCUCACAUAGGAGCUUGUAAAAAAAUGGUUGAGUCAACAGUGUUUUUGGUUGGUAACAAACAGGAUUUAUGCCACAUGAGGGAAGUUGGCUGGGAUGAAGGUCAGAAGCUGGCGAUGGAUUACAAGUGCCAGUUCGGUGAAUUGUCUGCUGCAGAACAUUACCAGGAAGUUGUGGCAAUGUUCACAAAAGUUCUGAGGAGUAUCAUCUCUAAUCUCAAGGCAAAGGAAAAGAGAAGACCAAGUGGAUCAAAAUCAAUGGCCAAGUUAAUCAACAAUGUGUUUGGAAAGAGAAGGAAAUCUGUGUAAAAGAUGAUUAGUCCUGAAGUAAGAACAAGCUCUAAUAGCAGAGCAAAAGCAGCGUUUGGGAUUCAGACAACUUCCUCUGAAGGUCAAUGUCUGGAGAAGAAAGACGGUAUAAACCAAAGGUGGGAGAUAAUAUGAUCAAGGGGGCGGGGCCUAGACCUAGGAGAUCUGAGCUUCAUCUCCAGUUCUACAGCAGAUUUACUGUGCUAGGGCUAUGUCACUUAAUCCCUAAGCUGCUUUCUUUCAACCAUUAUCUCCUAAAUUCCUCAUAGAAGGAGAGUUGCGUUACAUACUUACUCAACACAAACAUAUUCAUGGGUGGAGCUUUUAGAUGCAGCUGACAAUAAACUGUUAUUUACAAUAAACUCAGUCUUGCUGGCCAAGGAGCCUUGAGACCUUGAGAUAUAGUUCUCUUGUACAAAAAAUCCUUCACUAAAGAAGAGUGAAAUACUCCUACUGAAUGCAAGGAAGAACAGUUCAGGACCUCUAACAGUUUAAAGGUGUUUGACACCUGCUGAUAUUCAUAAGAACUCAAUGUUUAGACACAAGAUCUUAUCAUCAUAUCUAUCAUCAAAGCUGCCUUGUGGAGACAUCAGAAGUAGGGAAGCAUAUAAACAGAGCAGUAUUGUCUCUAGUUUCAGUAUCUUUAUAGUUUUGAGUGAUAAAAGAAAGUAGAGAGUACUGAGGAGGUUAGGAACUGAAUUGUGGUAGUGAGUGAGCAUUGGACAGGUUAAGUGAGAUCUUUGUUCGGUGAAAUCAUUUUAAGGCUAGGAGCAGUGUAACAUCUUAGGCUGAUGACUUUACCAGAACAGUCUUCCUGAGUUUUAACACAGUUACAGUUACAGCAGAUUUGUCUGUUUAAGUAUUUGAUGUCUGCCUACUGGUAGGAGCCAUGCUCCUAAAUUGCAGUGUUUAUUUCUAAGGACCAGUGUUCUUACAAUUGAGUCAUUGUGAUGGUAUUGAAAUCCUGAUUGAGAGCACUAAGGAAUAUGUUAGCUGUGCUUUGAAAUGUGGAUAUUAAACAUCAGAUGAGUCUAAAUAUGCUGUCAGUUGACAUUCAGAGCUCUUGAUGUAGACUUACCUAAAUAAGGGCUUACCCCUGCAUGUUUGAAAGUGCCUUGCUCAUAUAGAAACUAUAAAGGGAAGUGGUUUGAAAGUGAACUACUGCCUCCUGCCCAUUCCAGAGGACAGCUGGGAUUCAGUCUUAGUGAGAUACUACACUGAAGCUUGCCAAUGUUUGGGAGUGUUAUCUGCAUUUUAAACUAUUAACAUUACUUUAUAGAUCAGGGCAGAAUACUGAUUUUAAAAUGUCCACAUCCAUAAGAUGGCAUAUAAAAAGAUAUACAAUCUUAACAUUACUGUAAAUAAAAUUAAAGCGUAUUUUAGUAAGUAUUGAAAAGAGAGACCUUGCUUUUUUAAAGGAAAAAAUAUAUAUUUCUUAUUUACUUACUUUAUUUUAAAAGUACAACUGUAGGAAUAUAGUUCUCGGUCACUAAAAGUACAACUGUAGGAAUAUAGUUCUCGGUCACAGUGCUACUUUAUUUUUAUUCAGAGGCUGCUCUACCAGAUCAGGAACAGUGUAUUUAAUAUUGCAUUGUCAUUUUCUAUGAAAUUGAACUUGAAGACUACUCAUGUACACCUCUCAGCUUUUCAGUGCACAGAACUCCAGAAAAACUGCUAGGUUGUUGAUCUGCCAGGGCAGCUGUAUCUUGCCUGCACUAGCACUGUCUGAUUCUGAACCUCUUACUGUAUUUACUACUGUGGUAUUAAAUAAACUGAAUAUAAGAUGGAUGUA